CGCUUGGUGAUGACGUAGACAGUUGAACGGGACGCAUGGUGCUGUGACGUGGCGGCGGAAGCGAUGUUGCGGCAGGAGAGUAGUGAUGAUACAGAAGAUGUGUCACUCUUUGAUGCUGAUGAUGAAACGUCCAGGAGGCCCAAAAAAUCAAAAAUAAAACAUCCAAUAGCCUCCUUUUUCCAUUUGUUCUUCCGAACCAGUGCAGUGAUUGUCUAUUUACUCUGCGAAUUGUUCAGCACCAGCUACAUAGCCUGUGUGGUGACGAUCAUCCUGCUUCUGUCGUGUGAUUUCUGGGCAGUGAAGAAUAUCACAGGGAGGUUGAUGGUUGGCCUCCGCUGGUGGAACCAGGUUGAUGAUGACGGCAAGAGCCACUGGGUGUUUGAAGCCAGGAAGGCCUCUGCUACAGGAAAGAAACUCACGUCAGAAGCAGAGUCCAGAAUCUUCUGGUUAGGUCUGAUCACAUGCCCUUUACUCUGGAUCAUCUUUGCCUUCAGCGCCCUGUUCUCCUUCAAAGUGAAGUGGCUGGCAGUGGUGAUCCUGGGUGUGACUUUACAAGGAGCUAAUCUUUAUGGUUAUAUCCGGUGCAAAGUGGGCAGCAGGAAGAACCUGACCAGCCUGGCGACUUCCUAUCUAGGCAAGCAGUUCUUGAAGCAGACUGUGGCCAAAGAGGAGGCCGUAUCUUGAAAAUCACGAAGAGUCCUCCAUUUUUGAUUUGGUUUCUUCUGGAGAAUGAGAAGUAUUUCCUUGGCCCUCUGAACCAGAGAUUUAUAAUCUGUGUGUGGAUUUUUGUAAUUAAAUAAUCUUAUAGAAACACAGGUUGCUGCUUGUUCCUUGCAAGUCUUAUUUUAGAAGCCCUUCCU